GCCUCUCGUUGCAGCCGCGGCAAUUAACACGACCCUUCUGGCCGACCCCAACUGCAGCGCCUUCGGAGCCUGGCAAGCCGCGCUGGUCUUUUGCUCUCUCCCAAAGGUCGCUGUGCGGGUGCCCGAAGCCUGAGCCGAGGAGAGCGCCGCCUUAGGAGGCCUCUCCUCCAGAUCUCGGCAGCAGGAGCGCGCGCGCCUGUCGGGAGGGAGCUCGGAUGCCUUAAGCGCCUUGAGCGGCAGGGUUUAUUCCACUGGGAGGGGAUGUGUAGGCAGGGCAGGCAGGCAGGGGCGUGUUUUCGACGGCUCGGCGGGGGUCUGAGAAGCGCCAGCCCGGAGGGUGCGAGUUCCCAGCGGGCUUAGUGGAGCGCGGGUCCGCAGGGCUAUUGCACAGACGGCGACGCGAUGGCUUCGUAUUGAUAACGCGCGCCCUUUGCCUGCAGGCGCUCUUGUCGGGCAGGGUGUCUCCUUGCGGGAGGACUUCGCGGUUGAAGGGGACUCCCGAGUGGCCCUUCGCCUUGGAGGGGGGCGGCUUCCUGCACCCGGAUCCUGCCAGCGGCUUGCAUGCAGUGAGGCGGCGGGGAGACGGCAGGUGGCGAGGCUGGGCCGGCCCGGCAGCCGCGGGUGCUGCUGAUGCUGGCUGAGGUCACCGCUGCGCUCCUCUCCGCAUCCCCUGCCGGUGGAGCCUGGGCGGCGGGCUGCUCGGGGCUGAAGAGAGGCGCGGGGAGGGGGGAUGCUGCUGUUUGUGGCCCCUUCCCCUUCUGACUCUCGCCUGGGCUCGUAUCUGACCCUGGCUUGGUUUUGGGAGGCGCCUCUCGGGCUGUGCAUGGUUUGAAGCGGAUAAAAUCCCCCAAGCGAGCUCGGUCGGGCUGCCUUUGUCUUGGCCGGAGCAUGUGGGUGAACCCGGAGGAGGUGCUGCUGGCAAACGCCCUGUGGAUCACGGAAAGGGCCAACCCUUACUUCAUCCUGCAGAGGAGGAAGGGACAUGGAGGAGAUGGAGGCAGCGGAGGCCUUGCGGGUCUUCUUGUGGGCACUCUUGAUGUUGUGCUAGACUCCAGUGCAAGGGUGGCACCAUAUCGAAUCCUCUAUCAAGCCCCUGACUCUAUGAUUUAUUGGACUGUUGCCUGUGGUUGUUCAAGGAAAGAAAUAACUGAGCACUGGGAAUGGCUGGAACAGAACUUACUGCAAACUCUUUCAAUCUUUGAAAACGAAAAUGACAUAAACACAUUUGUCAGAGGAAAAAUACAGGGCAUCAUAGCAGAAUAUAACAAAAUCAAUGGAAUCAAAGAGGAUGAUGAUACUGAAAAAUUUAAAGAGGCAAUAGUGAAGUUCCACAAGCUGUUUGGAAUGCCAGAGGAAGAGAAACUGGUGAAUUACUAUUCUUGCAGUUAUUGGAAAGGGAAGGUCCCCCGCCAAGGCUGGAUGUAUCUUAGCAUUAACCACCUCUGUUUUUAUUCCUUUCUCAUGGGCCGGGAAGCCAAGCUGGUCAUCCGGUGGGUUGACAUCAUCCAACUGGAGAAAAAUGCGACUCUGCUUUUACCCGAUGUGAUCAAAGUUAGCACAAGGUCCAGCCAGCAUUUCUUUUCUGUUUUCCUCAACAUCAAUGAAACAUUCAAGCUAAUGGAACAACUUGCCAAUAUAGCCAUGAGGCAGCUCUUGGAUAAUGAAGGAUUUGAGCAAGACAGGUCGCUACCCAGACUUAAAAAGAAAUCCCCUAAAAAAGUAUCUGCCCUAAAACGGGAUCUUGAUGCUAGAGCCAAAAGUGAAAGGUACCGUGCUUUGUUCCGAUUGCCUAAAGAUGAAAAACUUGAUGGACACACAGAUUGCACUUUGUGGACUCCAUUUAACAAAAUGCACAUUUUGGGCCAGAUGUUUGUGUCUACAAAUUACAUAUGUUUUACUAGCAAGGAAGAACAUUUGUGCAGUCUUAUUAUCCCACUGCGAGAGGUGACCAUUGUAGAAAAGGCAGACAGCUCAAGUGUAUUGCCCAGCCCAUUAUCUAUCAGCACAAAAAACAGAAUGACUUUUCUCUUUGCCAAUUUAAAAGACAGAGACUUCCUUGUACAGAGAAUUUCAGACUUUCUUCAGCAAACGACUUCUAAAAUAUACUCUGAAAAAGAAAUUUCUGGAAGUUAUAACAGUUCAGAUGAUGAGGUCUAUUCAAGGGCGAGUAGUAUCAUUUCAUCAAGCCCUCAGAGAAGUCUUAGUUCUGAAGCAGAGGGGGAACGGCAGUUCAACUUGAAUGGUAACAGCAUCCCAACUGUAACACAGGCACUGAUGACUAUGUAUCGGCGGCGUUCACCUGAGGAAUUCAACCCUAAAUUAGCAAAAGAGUUUUUGAAAGAACAAGCUUGGAAGAUUCAUUUUGCAGAAUAUGGUCAAGGUGUCUGUAUGUAUCGGACAGAGAAAACAAGAGAUCUGGUGCUGAAAGGUAUUCCUGAAAGCAUGAGAGGGGAACUUUGGCUGCUUCUGUCAGGAGCUAUUAAUGAAAUGGCCACCCAUUCCGGAUAUUAUGAAGACUUGGUGGAGAAAUCCAUGGGGAAAUAUAAUCUUGCCACAGAAGAGAUUGAGAGGGAUUUACACCGCUCUCUGCCAGAGCACCCUGCAUUCCAGAACGAGAUGGGCAUUGCUGCUCUGAGGAGAGUGCUCACAGCAUAUGCGUUUAGAAAUCCAAACAUAGGAUACUGUCAGGCCAUGAAUAUUGUUACAUCAGUGCUGCUUUUGUAUGCAAAGGAAGAAGAAGCUUUUUGGCUGCUCGUGGCUUUGUGUGAGCGCAUGCUGCCAGAUUACUACAACACAAGAGUAGUUGGUGCUCUGGUUGAUCAAGGUGUGUUUGAAGAGCUGGCACGGGAUUAUGUUCCACAACUCUAUGACUGUAUGCAGGACUUGGGGGUCAUCUCCACCAUCUCUCUUUCCUGGUUCCUCACACUCUUUCUUAGUGUAAUGCCCUUUGAAAGUGCUGUGGUGGUUGUGGACUGUUUCUUCUGUGAAGGCAUAAAGGUGAUAUUCCAGUUAGCGCUGGCUGUGCUGGAUGCUAAUGUGGACAAGCUGCUGAAUUGUAAAGAUGAUGGAGAAGCUAUGACAGUGCUCGGAAGGUAUUUGGACAGUGUGACCAAUAAGGACAGCACUUUACCACCAAUUCCUCACCUUCAUUCAUUGCUCAGUGAUGAUGUUGGGUCUCAUCCUGAAGUGGAUAUCUUCAGACUGAUUAGAACUUCCUAUGAGAAAUUUGGAAGCAUACGAGCAGAUUUGAUUGAACAAAUGAGAUUCAAGCAGAGACUGAAGGUGAUCCAGACACUUGAAGACACUAUGAAACGCAAUGUGGUACGGACCAUAGUGACUGAAACCUCUUUUACUAUAGAUGAGUUGGAGGAACUCUAUGCCCUUUUCAAGGCUGAGCAUCUGACAAGCUGCUACUGGGGAGGCACCAGCAAUGCCAUUGACCGCCAUGACCCAAGUUUACCCUAUUUAGAACAAUAUCGCAUUGACUUUGAGCAAUUCAAGGGAAUGUUUGCGCUCCUUUUUCCUUGGGCCUGUGGAACUCACUCUGACGUUUUGGCUGCACGUUUGUUCCGACUACUGGAUGAAAAUGGAGAUUCGUUAAUCAACUUCCGGGAAUUUGUUUCUGGGCUGAGUGCUGCAUGUCAUGGGGAUCUUACUGAGAAGUUGAAGCUGCUGUAUAAAAUGCAUGUUUUGCCUGAUCCAUCCUCUGACCAGGAAGAACCAGAUUCUGCUUUUGAAGCAACUCAGUACUUCUUUGAAGACAUCACACCAGAGUGUACACAUGUUGUCGGCGUAGACAGCAAGAACAAACAUGGAUCAGAUGAAGGGUUUGUUAGUGUGAGUGUGAAAACUGAGAAAGGUAAGAAAAAUUCUCAAGACAACAGAAAUUACCUUAGAAUGUGGAGCCAAGAGAAUAAAUCCAAAGCAAAGAAUGCGAAGGAGUUGCCCAAAUUAAAUCAGGGGCAGUUUAUUGAAUUGUGUAAGACAAUGUAUAAUAUGUUCAGUGAAGACCCCAAUGAGCAAGAUCUUUACCAUGCUACUGCUGCUGUGACAAGUCUGCUGUUGGAGAUCGGUGAGGUCGGCAAACUAUUCAGUGUGCAGCCUGUAAAAGAGUCUGAGAGCAGCAGUAAAGCCACACAAAAUGCACUACUCCAGAAGAAGGAUAACCAGCAGUAUCAUCUUGUGCAACGUGAUCCUUUCCAAGGUGGCUUCCUUGCUGAUGAUGAAGAAAACAUCUGUGGUGAUGGCACCCAGAUGGAAGACAUUAAGCUGGAAGAUUCUUCUCCUAGGGACAAUGGAGCUGGCUCUUCCAUGCUUAUUUCUGAUGAUGACACUAAAGACGACAGUUCUAUGUCUUCCUAUUCUGUCCUAAGUGCGGGUUCUCAUGAGGAGGACAAGCUACACUGCGAAGACAUAGGUGAAGACACUGUUUUGGUGCGAAGCAACAAUUCCACUUCUCUGCCAGGGAGUGCUAGCAUUGACAGAGACUGGGCCAUCACCUUUGAGCAGUUUUUGGCUUCCCUCUUGACUGAAUCAGCCCUUGUCCGGUACUUUGAUAAACCAGUAUGUAUGAUGGCACGGAUUACUAAUGCGAAAAAUGUAAGGAUGAUGGGGAAACCCAUAACCUCUGCAAGUGACUAUGAGAUCUCUGCCAUGUCAGGCUAAGUCGGAGGUUUUUUUAAAAAAAAGUUUAGGUUUUUAUUAUGUAUUUAUUGCUGCCAGGCACAGGUACUGAUAUUUUCAAAACAUGGUAGAUCACACUGAUGUAAACUUGUUGGAGUGUAAAUCCAUGCUUAUCUUGAAAUAUGGGCAUUUUUUUCUCUGUGGAAAAUAUUACCAGAAUGCUUGUAGCCACUAUAUAUGCUUGGGGGCAGGGGCAGUGUCAGUGAUGUCUUGUAUAAUUAGCCUUCCUAUCAAUUGAUAAUUGGUGAAAAUUCAGUUCUAACUGUAGAGGUGAAUGUUUGUGUAUGCUUUUAAAAACAGGUCUGAAGUCUUAGAAUACGGAGUAAAACUGGAAGAAGCUCUGAACACCACAGGUUCUGCUCAAUAGGUGCUGCAGUGUACACGUGGAGCUCCUCUUCACAGUCUUCCCCAUUCUGUUGAGGCAGGACUGUUGUUGAUAUCCCUUCUGUUUGCACACAACUGCUCCCUUCGUUGAAGUGAAUGGGAAAGCAGAAGUCCUUUCAGGCAAGGAAACUCCCUGGGUGCUCUGAAGCCCAUGUGCCUAUAAGAGUGCUGGGUUAAGAGGAAGGUAGAAAGGGGUGCUGUCAACUUGUUUAGGGUUCAUACGUUAGUUCUGUGCAGCAUCCCUGGCGGAUGUCUCUUUAUAUAAUUUUUUUAAGAUGCUAGUGAUUCCUAAUGCUUUUUUAAAAAUACAUUCUUCAGAGAUACUGCCAUGGACCUGCCUAGACAAUACCAGUGUUCUGACCUAAACAAUUCAUAAGUAAUGGCUUGCUUUUUAAACUUCGGAAGAGAAUUGAAAGGGUUUUAAACUCAUAUUUUCAUGCAUCUCCUCAUUCUAAAGUGUCAUUUUGAGAAAUAUAGAAAACCUAAGCAUUACCACGAAAUCUAAUGUAUUGUAGAUCAAGCCUUCAUAGAUGUACUGCAUUAUUGUUAAUUUAAGCACUGUUAUUAGCUGGAAUGUAAUCAGAAAAAAUCUGCAAGAAAAUGUAACUGAAUGUUUGAAAGUCUCAAUGAAAACACUGUCACUUUAUUAUAUAGAUGAACAAUGUAUAAUGUAAUAAUUUACUGAAUGAUAUGUUGAAUGACAAAUGGAGCACCUGCACUUUGAAUCCUUUCUUCUUUUACAGAAACAUUCAGUGGACACUAUUUUUUCCUUCUACGAACACAAUAUCUGAUCCACAGGGAUUUCCACAGGCUCAACAACAACCUGUUUGCCUCUUCACACAGUGCCCCUGGAGGUAGGAGGAGGAAGUGGCAGGUCUACAAAGCCUUUGGAAAUUUCCUGCACACGGUUACUGUGUCCAUCAUGGGAACUAAUUGUGCCCAGUACUUCAUACAUCUUUUGGCUGAUUUAUAACUCAUUCCUAAUUAGGCCAUUCAUACCUGGCUGAACUUUAUUUGCUGCCUUCAAAACUAUUUCCAUCCCUCUUUUAUAUAUAUACAUAUAUAUAUGCUGUUGUAUUUUAUGAUCAUGUAACUUUUCUAGGGGUUUUUUUUUUUAGCGGACGCUAUUGCUUUAUUCCUACUAAAAUAUUUAAACAAUCAAAAGUGGUUUUAGCCACAUUAGGGUAAUCAUCAGUAAGCUUUUUUUUAAAAAAAUUAAACUGAUAUCAGAUGGAAUUUUUUUGUUGUCGUUCAUGGCAUAACUUCUAUUGUGACAAUCCACAUGUUAUAAUCUCAAUUGUUAUGUAACAAAUCAAAUGAAACUAGUGUGUAGUAAGUAAAAACCUACCUCUGCAA